CCGAUUGAGCGUCAGUCCGAUUACAAACGGGUUAUUUGUGUGCAUGUAAACGGAGGCAGUGUUUGUGAGCGCGCAGGUGAGGGAGGGAGGAGCUGGUUGAAGGUACUUUGAGGAAGACCUGUUUAUCUUACGCCCACUCUACCACAGACCGAAAUUAGUUGAGAUUUUUGGCAUCUGGGAUCACUUGGAUGGUGUGUUUGUGCAUUCAGAAACACUCAUUCUUUAACACAUAGAAAGAUUCAGACGGAUAAAAGUCGAGCCCCGGGGCUGAGUUUUUGACGCACACCAGUAUGUCCGAAACGAAGAAACAAACGCGCAAAGACUCGUCCGACUCGAACCCGGUGAAGAGUGUGGGCAGCCCGACGCUCCUGUUUUCUCCCACCUCCGGGCUUCCACUGCAGAACGGGCUCUACACCGACGCGAGGUUCCCGGUGCAGAACAUGCCGAUUCAGACCGACGUGGUUUGGAAACGACCAAAGGAGAUCUGUCCGUUUCCUCAGUUUAUUGCGGAUGGAGCCACACGCAUGGACGUCUGCCAGGGAGAACUGAGUGACUGCUGGUUCUUGUCUGCGGUGGCGUCUCUCUCUCUCAACCCUUCUCUUCUGAAUCACGUGGUUCCCUCAGGCCAGGGUUUUCAGCAGGGCUACAACGGCUGCUUCAAUUUCCGGUUUUGGCAGUAUGGUGAGUGGAUUGAGGUGCGAGUCGAUGACCGUUUGCCGACGCGUAACGGUCAGCUGAUCUAUCUGCGCUCCUCAAACAAAGAUGAAUUCUGGAGCGCUCUACUGGAGAAAGCUUAUGCCAAGCUGAAGGGAGGUUAUAACGCUCUGAACAUGGGUUUCCCUCAUGAGGCCAUGGCAGACAUGACAGGUGGGGUUACAGAGGAGUUCAUGGUGCCGCCUGACCACCGAAAACUGGGCUCUUUCCUGCGCCCGCUGCUGGAGAAGGGAGCUCUGAUCAACUGUGCUAACUCGAGGGGUUCCGUUGAGAAGAGCAAUGAGUUUGGGAUUUUGUUCAGACAUGCCUAUUCUGUGACAGGUUUGGAGACGAUCAAGACUAAGGUCGGUUCAGUUGAGCUGGUGCGGAUCAGGAACCCGUGGGGCAAAGCUGAGUGGGAGGGGCCUUGGAGUGACAAAAAAGGAGUCGAGUGGAAUAUGGUGAGCGCCGAAGAACAGCGGCGUGUGCAGAGAAUCCAGCAAGAAGACGGGGAAUUCUGGAUGUCUCUGGCAGAUUUCUGCCAGAACUUUGAGACGAUGGAGGUUUGUCACCUGAGCCAAGACACGCUGAGUGAGAGCGGAAUCAUAAAGCCCUGGAUAUGUACAUCACAUCAUGGACAAUGGGUUCCUCAGCAAGGACCUCCUCAGUACAGUCUGACCCUGCUGGAAGAGGACGAUGACCCCAGUGACCCUGAGCUGACCUGCUCCUUCCUGCUGGCGCUCAUGCAGAAAUGUGCUCGUCAGAGAGGAAUGCUGUUCCCCGUCGCGCUGCACAUAUACAAGACCCGAUCCGAGUGGGACGCGUCUCAGUUGAGUCUGGUGCUCAGCACCACUAAAGACCUUGGUUAUGUCCAGCGGCGAGAGCUGGUGUUUCGCGGUCGCCUGGCGCCCGGUCAUUACAUCAUCAUUCCCAGCACUUCAGAGGCCAAUCAGGCGGGAGAAUUCCUCCUGAGAGUCCUGACUGAGAAAGUGAACAAAACCAUAGCUGUUGAUGCACGAGGAGUAGACUCAAGCUCAGUUGCUCCGCCGAUGUCUCCACGUCUCGCAGGUCUGCUGUCUGCGAAUGAAGCAAAAGAUCUCUUUGUGAAACACUGUGUGAAGGGGCCUUAUUGCAGUCCAUUGGACCUCUAUAACCUGCUGACUGAAGCCAUUGCAAAAGGAAUCUUUGCAGGUAGCGAGAAGAAGCUGAGUUUGGAGCACUGUAAGAGCUUUGUGGUGCUCAUGGAUAGUAAAGGAAUGGGACGACUCGACUUGACAGAGUUCCAGGCAUUGUGGGAAAAACUCCGGAAGUGGACGGGUAUUUUUAUGACAUUUGACAAAAACAAGAACCAGGCUCUGGAUUAUCAAGAACUCCCAGCAGCUCUGACAGCAGCAGGCAUACAGGUGGAUGAAUUCAUACUGCAGCUGAUAAGCCUGCGUUACAGCGAGCCAGAUAUGACUGUCAGCUUCCCAGGAUUCCUCUUCCUGCUCAUGAAACUGGACUACAUGAUGCGCAAGUUUCAAUCAUUUGAUAUGACGGGGAUGGGAGUGAUUUCAGUAAACAGCAGACAGUUCCUGCACAUGACCAUGUACAACUGAUUCCAGACCAGCUGUAUGGAAACAACUCUACAUCUACUUUAAUUAUUUUCUGCAAAUGGAUCCUUCCAGGACUGGAUGAUGAUUACUUUUCAUUAGUAACCAUAAUAAAAGAUGAAAUAAUUGAUU